CUGGCCCACUAUUUACCCUCCCCUCCCCUUUCCCCUCCCCUUCGUCCUCCCAUUCUCCCCCUGCUCCCCGCCCCGUCCCCCUCCCAACGUCUGACGAAGCACGCCGAGGGCUAGAGGUCCCCUCCCGCACCCUACCUCCGGUUCUCCCGGAUGACGCAGAGUGGAAUGGUGGGAGGAGCAGAGAAAGGAGGAGGGAUGGAGUCCCCGUUCUGUUGCAUUCUGGGAAGGUCGCUGCUCCGUCAAUCGCGCGGCCUCCUGGUAGUUGUAGUCGGGAUCCUGAGGCAACCGAUCCUCUUCUCCUUAGUCAAGUAAGCUGAGAAAUAUUGUUACAGAACUAUACAUGUUGUUAUGGUGAUAUAGUUUAUGAAUAUACAGUUUAUGUUCAUCCUCAUUUAAGUUUUAGUAGAUCAAGGAUCCCAGCAUGGGUUAACUGGGUGUCUCUGGAUCAUGAGGUUGCAGUCAAGCUGUUAUCUAUGGCUGCAGUUUCAUCUGAAGACUGGACUGGAAGAGGAUCUGCUUCCAAACGCAUUCACAUGGACCUUCUGUCAGGCUGCCUCACGUAGCAGCUGGUUACCCCAGAAUAACAGAAAACUUUUAAGUUUAUACCAUGGAUAACACCAAGGAAAAGAGUGGAAAUUACAAAGAUGAUCUUCUGCUUAGAGUGGGACUUAAUGAUAAUAAAGCCGGAAUGGAAGGAUUAGAUAAAGAGAAGAUUAACAAAAUUAUAAUGGAAGCCACAAAAGGGUCCAGAUUUUAUGGAAGUGAGCUCAAGAAAGAAAAGCAAGUCAACCAACGAAUUGAAAAUAUGAUGCAACAAAAAGCUCAAAUUACCAGCCAACAGCUAAGGAAAGCACAAUUACAGGUUGACAGAUUUGCAAUGGAAUUGGAAAAGAGCCGGGAUCUGAACAAUACUAUAGUACACAUUGACAUGGAUGCUUUCUAUGCAGCUGUAGAAAUGAGGGACAAUCCAGAAUUGAAGGAUAAACCCAUUGCUGUAGGAUCAAUGAGUAUGUUGUCUACUUCGAAUUACCAUGCAAGGAGGUUUGGUGUUCGUGCAGCCAUGCCAGGAUUUAUUGCUAAAAGACUCUGCCCACAACUUAUUAUUGUGCCCCCAAACUUUGACAAAUACCAAGCUGUGAGUACAGAGGUUAAGGAAAUACUUGCUGAUUAUGAUCCCAAUUUUAUGGCUAUGAGUCUUGAUGAAGCCUACUUGAAUAUAACAAAGCACUUACAGGAAAGACAAAAUUGGCCCGAGGACAAAAGGAAGUAUUUCAUCAAAACAGGAAACUCUCUAGAAAAUGAGAAACCAGGAAAAGAAACUAAUAAACUGAGUGAGCAUGAACGUUCCAUCUCUCCACUACUUUUUGAUGAUAGUCCUCCUGAUUUGCAGCCCCAAGGAAAUCCUUUACAAGUGAACUCUGAAGAACAGAAUAAUCCUCAACUACUCCAAAAUUCGAUUGUUUUUGGAACAUCAGCUGAGGAAGUAGUAAAGGAAAUUCGUUUCAGAAUUGAGCAAAAAACAACACUGACAGCCAGUGCAGGAAUUGCCCCAAAUUCAAUGUUAGCAAAAGUAUGCAGUGAUAAGAAUAAACCAAAUGGACAAUACCAAAUUCUCCCCAGCAGACAAGCUGUGAUGGACUUCAUCAAGGACUUACCUAUUAGAAAGGUUUCUGGAAUAGGAAAAGUUACAGAGAAAAUGUUAAAGGCGCUUGGAAUUAUUACUUGUACAGAACUCUACCAACAGAGGGCAUUGCUUUCUCUUCUUUUCUCUGAAACAUCUUGGCAUCAUUUCCUUCAUAUUUCCCUGGGUCUAGGUUCAACACACCUGACAAGGGAUGGAGAAAGGAAAAGCAUGAGCGUUGAGAGGACAUUCAAUGAAAUAAGUAAAGCAGAGGAACAAUAUAGCUUGUGCCAGGAACUUUGCAGUGAACUUGCUCAAGAUCUGCAGAAAGAAGGACUAAAGGGUAGAACUGUUACCAUUAAACUGAAGAAUGUAAAUUUUGAAGUAAAAACUCGUGCAUCUACAGUUUCAUCUGUUGUUUCUACUGCAGAAGAAAUAUUUGCUAUUGCUAAAGAAUUGCUAAGAACAGAAAUUGAUGCUGAUUUUCCACAUCCUUUGAGAUUAAGACUUAUGGGUGUACGGUUGUCCGGUUUUCCCAGUGAAGAAGAUAAGAAGCACCAACAAAGGAGCAUUAUUGGCUUCUUACAGGCUGGAAACCCAACUCUGUCAGCCACUGGGUAUAUGCUAGAGAAAACUGACAAAGAUCAGUUUCAAAAACCUCUAGAAAUAUCUCAUAAGAAGAGUUUCUUUGAUAAAAAGCGAUCAGAAAGGAAAUGGAGCCAUCAAGACACAUUUAAAUGUGAAGCUUUGGGUAAACCAAGUUUACAGACAUCAUAUUCAGUUCAAGUUUUAAAGAAGAAGAUGAAUGAGAAUUUAGAAACGUCGGAGAAUUCAAAUAACUCUCAGAUAUUUACCUGCCCAAUUUGCUUUAGGGAGCAAAGAAGCAUCAGUCUGGAAGCCUUUAAUAAACAUAUAGAUGCAUGUCUUGAUGGACAUUUGAUCAGUGAAAACUCCAAUGUGUUCUCAUGUUCACACGCUUCCUCUACAGAAGUUAACAAGAAAGAAAAUGUACAUCCUUCAUUCUCACUCCAUGGGAAGCAGGAUUAUGAAACCCACCAGAAGGAUUCAGAAAUCAGUUCAGUAAAUUGUGUAGAGCUAGUGGAGAUUGAAGAUAACCCAUGUAAAGCAAAAAGUAUAGAUGGCUUAAGUGAUAAGCACAGCAAAGAGGAAUGUGCUAGUCUUUCAAGCAAAUCAUUUAAUAUUGACGCACAGUGUCACAAUUCUUCCUCUACUGUUUCAUUGGAAGAUAUUGGGUCAUUAAGUCAGCAAGAAUCCUCCAAGUCUUAUUUACAUGAAGAGAUAACAGACCAACCUCUAGUUUGUCCUGUUUGUAACCUAGAGCAAAAGACUUCGGAUCUUACCCUGUUCAAUGUGCAUGUGGAUGUAUGUUUAAAUAAAGGCAUUAUCCAGGAACUGAGAAAGGAAAAAGUUAGUGUAGCUAACCAACCCAGAGAAAGCGCCCAAAGUACUGAUAACUCAGGCAGAGUGCAGAAGAUUGCAACAAAAUCAAAAAGGCCAGGAUUGAUGACAAAGGACUCAGCAUCAAAGAAAACAAAACCAAACAAUCCCAGACACACUCUUGAUGUAUUUUUUAAAUGAACAUUGAACAUUUUAUCAUUGAACAUUUUAUUCUUAAUAAGAAACUUUUUAUUUUAUAAUCAAUGGAUCUCUUCUUCUUCAUUAAGUUUACAGAUUCAUGUAGUGAAAGGCAAGUGCAAUAAAUCUCCCCAAAUGACAUUUCUUUUAUAUGAAUUUGGAAUAUGUGCUAAUUAACUUUUGUAAACAUCUUUUGGAUAACCAUGAGAAUUUCACUUCUAUUAUACAUCAAUCAGAAAUCAGUCCUGUUAGAGCUAAUUUUAAAAUGAGAAAUUAGGAUGGACUCAAAAAAUGGUUUUUUUCCUUAUCAUGUUUUAUAGUGAAUAUAAAAACAUAUUUAAAAGGGCUUUCAGAAGUCCACACAAACCUAGUUUAGCAUAAGAAUUUUUCAGCACUGGGGCACCUGGCUGGCUUAGUCAGUUAAGGUUAAGCACCUGACUUAUGAUUUUGGCUCAGAUUAUGAUCUCAGGGUUCUGAGAUCGAGCCUUGUGUGGGGCUCCACAUUCAGUGGGGAGUCUGCUUGAGAAUUUUCUCACUCCCCCUCCGCCCCUUCUCCUGCACACGCUCUCUCUCUCUAAAAUAAGUAGAAUAAAUCUUAAAAAAAAAAAAAAAGAACUUUUCAGCAGUUAACCACUUUGUUGGUACUGGACUACUCUGUUUUAGUAACGGCUACAAUUUUGUAUAUUCAUAUUUUAAGUUGUAGUGUCUUCAGAUACCUCAUGAGCAUUCAUAUUAUAAUUUAUUGGGGAGAGUGGUAGGGGAGGUUUCAGAUGUUUUCAUGGAGGAUGCUGUAAAGCAGAGGCAGAUGGAGGAGGUCCCCAACACCAGAGUUCAGCUGGCGACAGGUCGGGGAGGAGCCUUGGUGGAGUGCACCUCAAACCCCGCUGGCCUGGCCCUGGUAAGCUCCUACCACACCCACUGGGCCAGGGACCCCUUAGACCAUAUGGUACUCGCAGAACAGGUGCAGAAGCCUGAUGAAUUCAUCCAAGCAAAUGCCACUUACAAACUGAUGGUCAUAGCUGAGCAAAUCCAACACUUAAAAGAACCAGCCAGGGGCGCCUGGGUGGCUCAGUGGGUUAAGCCUCUGCCUUCGGCUUAGGUCAUGAUCUCAGGGUCCUGGAAUUGAGCCCCGCAUCAGGCUCUCUGCUUGGCAGGGAGUCUGCUUCCCCCUCUCUCUCUGCCUUCCUCUCUGCCUACUUGUGAUCUCUCUCUCUGUCAAAUAAAUAAAUAAAAUAUUUUAAAAAAUAAAAUAAAAUAACCAGCCGGGAAGGUAUGGAAGAUACUCACAAAGAUGCUGACUUGCAUCAUGUAGCUUGUAAUAUAGUAAAAAAAAAAAAAACAAA